CGGCCGUGUCACCCAAGAUGAGGAUGAGACUGACAAGCAGCACAGCUUCAGGCUUGAGUGACAGCCCACGAGUGGACAGGGCACAGCCGUGACGCCAGCUCUGCUUGCAGGACCCGGAGGCUGCCAAAGAAGCUGAAAGAGCAGGGGCCCCCACACUGACCCAGGUGGCCAGCUGGGGUUCUGCAGCCCCUGGACUCUGUUGGCAUCUUCCUCCUCACCAUUCAGACAUCUCCUGGCCGGAGCUCCCAUCUGGCUGUCACAUGUGCGUCUCUCCUCGCUUUGCAACUUGAGCACCAUGUGCCAGGGGACACUCAAGGCCCUUAUGUGAACCUGGAGAUCAGCACCAGGUCCGAUCCGUACUGGGUGCAAUGAAAGCUCCACGCAGGCCUUACCAUGGAAGGCUGUGACUCGCCCGUCGUCUCGGGGAAGGACAAUGGGUGCGGGAUCCCCCCGCACCAGCAAUGGACUGAACUCCACAGCGCCCACCUCCCCGACAAACCCGGUAGCAUGGAGCAGCCCUCGGGCGACAGCCACGGGCCCUUGGACGGCCUGAGGGCCCCCUUCCCUGAGCACCUGGCGGACAGCGCUGGCCCCACCGGGCCUCCCGUCGCUGCUGCCGCCGCCGCCGCCACCGCCGAGCCCGCCAGCACGGAGGUCAGCUGCAGCGAGUGCUCGGCCUCCUUCGGCAGCUUGCAGACCUACAUGGAGCACCACUGCCCCAGCGCACGGCCCACGGCCGCGCCCCUGCGCGAGGAGAGCGCCAGCGACACCAGCGAGGAGGGCGAGGAGGAGAGCGACGUGGAGAACCUGGCGGGGGAGAUCGUGUACCAGCCCGACGGCUCGGCCUACAUUGUGGAGAGCCUGAGCCAGCUGGCCCCGGGCAUGGGCGCCUUGGCGGCGGGCGGCGGCGGUGGGGGCGCGGGGGGCGGCAGCGGGCCUCCGUCGCUUUUCCUGAACUCGCUGCCCGGGGCGGGGGGCAAGCCCGGGGAGUCGCCGUCUUCGUGUGCCACCGCCCCCGCCGCCGCCCCCGUGUACCCGCAGAUCAUCAACACUUUCCACAUAGCCUCAUCCUUCGGGAAAUGGUUUGAGGGCCCAGACCCGGCGUUCCCGAAUACCUCAGCCCUGGCGGGGCUCAGCCCCGUCCUGCACAGCUUCCGCGUUUUCGACGUGCGACACAAAAGCAACAAGGAUUACCUGAACAGCGACGGCUCCGCCAAGAGCUCCUGCGUAUCCAAAGAUGUCCCCAACAAUGUGGACCUGUCCAAGUUCGACGGCUUCGUGCUCUACGGCAAGCGGAAGCCCAUCCUCAUGUGCUUCCUGUGCAAGCUCUCCUUCGGGUACGUCCGUUCGUUUGUCACCCACGCGGUGCACGACCACCGCAUGACCCUGAGCGAAGACGAGCGGAAGAUUCUUAGCAAUAAGAACAUCUCCGCCAUCAUCCAAGGGAUCGGCAAAGACAAGGAGCCCCUCGUAAGUUUUCUGGAACCAAAAAACAAAAACUUUCAACACCCCUUAGUUUCCACAGCUAACCUCAUAGGCCCCGGACACAGUUUCUAUGGUAAAUUCAGUGGCAUUCGCAUGGAAGGGGAGGAGGCCCUCCCGGCCCCUGGCACCGCCACGACUGCCGCUGCCACCGCCGCUGCCACCGCGGCUGCUGCUGUCCCCACCGGCAGCCCAGAGCAGCCCCAGGCCGGCCUCUUGAACCCCGGCGGGCUCACCAGCUCGGUCCUGAAGACCCCCAUUACCUCAGCCCCCCUGGGGCCUCUGGCUUCCAGUCCUACCAAAUCCUCAGAGAGCAAGGACUCCGGGGCAGCCGAAGGGGAGAAGCAAGACGCAGCCGACGCGGACUGCUUCUCCGAGAAGGCAGAGCAGGCCGAGGAGGAGGCCGAGGAGGAGGAGGAGGAAGAGGCAGAGGAAGAGGAGGAAGAGGAGGAGGAAGAGGAAGAGGAGGAAGAGGAGGAUGACGAGGGUUGCAAAGGACUGUUUCCAAGCGAGUUGGACGACGACCUGGAGGACAGGCCCCAUGAGGAGUCUGGAGCCGCGGCAGGUGGUAGCAGCAAAAAGGACCUCGCUCUCUCAAACCAAAGCAUUUCUAACUCCCCCCUAAUGCCUAACGUGCUCCAGACCCUGUCGAGGGGCACGGCUUCUACUAGUUCUAAUUCUGCUUCUUCCUUUGUUGUCUUUGAUGGUGCGAACAGGAGGAAUCGUUUAAGCUUUAACAGUGAGGGCGUCAGGGCCAACGUGGCAGAGGGCGGCAGGAGGCUGGACUUCGCUGACGAAAGUGCCAAUAAAGACAAUGCCACAGCACCAGAACCAAAUGAAAGCACAGAGGGCGAGGAUGGGGGCUUUGCACCCCAUCACCAGCACGCUGGCUCCCUCUGCGAGCUUGGGGUCGGGGAGUGCCCCUCGGGGAGCGGUGUGGAAUGCCCCAAGUGUGACACAGUCCUGGGCUCCUCCCGCUCACUGGGUGGCCACAUGACCAUGAUGCAUUCUCGUAACUCGUGUAAGACACUCAAGUGCCCCAAGUGCAACUGGCACUAUAAGUACCAGCAGACGCUGGAGGCACACAUGAAGGAGAAGCACCCCGAGCCAGGGGGCUCCUGUGUCUACUGUAAGAGCGGGCAGCCCCAUCCCCGGCUGGCACGAGGCGAGAGCUACACGUGUGGUUACAAGCCUUUCCGCUGCGAGGUGUGUAACUACUCUACAACUACCAAAGGCAACCUCAGUAUUCAUAUGCAGUCCGACAAGCAUCUCAACAACAUGCAGAACCUGCAGAACGGAGGGGGGGAGCAGGUGUUCAGUCACACAGCCGGGGCGGCGGCCGCAGCUGCCGCUGCAGCAGCGGCCGCUGCCAACAUCAGCAGCUCCUGUGGGGCCCCCUCGCCCACCAAACCAAAAACCAAACCCACCUGGCGCUGUGAGGUGUGUGACUACGAGACCAACGUGGCCAGGAACCUGCGCAUCCACAUGACCAGCGAGAAGCACAUGCACAACAUGAUGCUGCUGCAGCAGAACAUGACGCAGAUCCAGCACAACCGGCACCUGGGCCUGGGCAGCCUGCCCUCGCCCGCCGAGGCCGAGCUCUACCAGUACUAUCUGGCCCAGAACAUGAACCUGCCCAACCUGAAGAUGGACAGUGCCGCCUCCGAUGCCCCGUUCAUGAUGAGUGGAUUCCAGCUGGAUCCCACGGGGCCCAUGGCUGCCAUGACACCUGCUCUAGUGGGCGGUGAGAUCCCUCUAGACAUGCGGCUCGGGGGCGGGCAGCUGGUGUCGGAGGAGCUGAUGAACCUGGGAGAGAGCUUCAUCCAGACCAAUGACCCAUCACUGAAGCUCUUCCAGUGCGCCGUGUGCAACAAGUUCACAACGGACAACCUGGACAUGCUGGGACUACACAUGAAUGUGGAACGCAGCCUCUCGGAGGACGAAUGGAAGGCCGUGAUGGGAGACUCUUACCAGUGCAAGCUCUGCCGCUACAACACCCAGCUCAAGGCCAACUUCCAGCUGCACUGCAAGACGGACAAGCACGUACAGAAAUACCAGCUGGUCGCCCACAUCAAGGAGGGUGGCAAGGCCAAUGAGUGGAGGCUCAAGUGCGUGGCCAUUGGCAACCCCGUGCACCUCAAGUGCAACGCCUGUGACUACUACACCAACAGCCUGGAGAAGCUGCGGCUGCACACGGUCAACUCCAGGCAUGAGGCCAGCCUCAAGUUGUACAAGCACCUGCAGCAGCACGAGAGUGGCGUGGAGGGCGAGAGCUGCUACUACCACUGCGUCCUGUGCAACUACUCGACCAAAGCCAAGCUCAACCUCAUCCAGCAUGUGCGUUCCAUGAAGCACCAGCGCAGCGAGAGCCUGCGGAAGCUGCAGCGGCUGCAGAAGGGCCUUCCGGAGGAGGACGAGGACCUGGGCCAGAUCUUCACCAUCCGCAGGUGCCCCUCCACCGACCCAGAAGAAGCCAUUGAAGAUGUUGAAGGGCCCAGUGACCCACCUGCCGACCCAGAGGAGCUUGCUAAAGACCAGGAGAGUGGAGGCGAGAAAGACCAGAGCAAGUGGACAGCAUCGUCCAGCCAAGCAGAGAAGGAGCUGACAGAUACUCCUGCCACCUCCAAACGCAUCUCCUUCCCAGCUAGCUCGGAGUCUCCCCUCUCUUCAAAGCGACCAAAAACAUCAGAGGAGAUCAAACCGGAACAGAUGUUCCAGUGCCCCUACUGCAAGUACAGCAACGCCGAUGUCAACCGGCUGCGAGUGCACGCCAUGACCCAGCACUCAGUGCAGCCCAUGCUGCGUUGCCCCCUGUGCCAGGACACGCUCAACAACAAGAUCCACCUGCAGCUGCACCUCACCCACCUCCACAGCGUGGCGCCCGACUGUGUGGAGAAGCUGAUCAUGACGGUGACCACUCCUGAGAUGGUGAUGCCCAGCAGCAUGUUCCUGCCUGCGGCUGUUCCAGACCGGGAUGGGAGCUCCAAUUUGGAAGAGGCAGGAAAGCAUCCUGAAACCUCAGAGGACGUGGGGAAGAGCAUCCUGCCGUCGGUGAGCACAGAGCACAGUGGAGACUUGAAACCUGCUCCUGCUGAUCCGAGCUCCGGGAGAGAAGAUUCAGGCUUCCUGUGCUGGAAGAAGGGGUGCAACCAGGUUUUCAAGACAUCCGCCGCCCUUCAGGCACAUUUCAAUGAGGUGCACGCCAAGAGGCCCCAGCUGCCCGUGUCCGACCGCCAUGUGUACAAGUACCGCUGCAACCAGUGCAGCCUGGCGUUCAAGACCAUCGAGAAGCUGCAGCUCCACUCCCAGUACCAUGUGAUCAGAGCCGCCACCAUGUGCUGUCUUUGUCAGCGCAGUUUUAGAACUUUCCAGGCUUUGAAAAAGCACCUUGAGACAAGCCACCUGGAGUUGAGCGAGGCUGACAUACAGCAACUUUACGGCGGCCUUCUGGCCAACGGGGACCUCCUGGCAAUGGGAGACCCCACCCUGGCAGAGGACCACACCAUUAUUGUUGAGGAAGACAAAGAGGAAGAGAGUGACCUGGAUGACAAACAGAGCCCAACGGGCAGUGACUCUGGGUCGGUGCAAGAAGACUCGGGCUCAGAGCCAAAGAGAGCUCUGCCUUUCAGAAAAGGCCCCAAUUUUACGAUGGAAAAAUUUCUAGAUCCUUCUCGCCCUUACAAAUGUACUGUGUGCAAGGAAUCUUUCACUCAAAAGAAUAUUCUGCUAGUGCACUACAACUCUGUCUCCCAUCUGCAUAAGUUGAAGAGAGCCCUUCAAGAAUCGGCAACUGGUCAGCCAGAACCCACGAGCAGCCCGGACAACAAACCUUUUAAGUGUAAUACUUGUAACGUGGCCUACAGCCAGAGUUCCACUCUGGAGAUCCACAUGAGGUCUGUACUGCAUCAAACCAAGGCCCGGGCGGCCAAGCUGGAGGCCGCCAGCGGCAGCGGCAACGGCAGCGCCGUCUCCCUCAGCUCCUCCUCCGCGCCCAGCCCCGUGAGCACCAGCGGCAGUAACACCUUUACCACCACCAAUCCAAGCAGCGCUGGCAUCGCUCAGAGCUCCAACCUCCUGAGCCAGGUGCCCCCAGAAAGCGUGGGGAUGCCGGCCCUGGGGAAUCCCCUCGGGGCCACCCUUGCUUCAACAUCAGAGCCCAAGGAGGCCAACCGGAAAAAGCUGGCAGAUAUGAUUGCCUCCAGGCAGCAGCAGCAGCAGCAGCAGCAGCAACAACAGCAACAACAGCAAGCACAGACCCUGGCUCAGGCCCAGGCCCAGGCCCAAGUUCAAGCUCACUUGCAACAGGAGCUGCAGCAGCAGGCCGCCCUCAUCCAGUCUCAGCUGUUUAACCCCACUCUCCUUCCUCACUUCCCCAUGACCACCGAGACCCUGCUGCAGCUGCAGCAGCAGCAGCACCUGCUCUUCCCCUUCUACAUCCCCAGUGCCGAGUUCCAGCUCAACCCCGAGGUGAGCCUGCCGGUGACCAGUGGGGCGCUGACGCUGACGGGCAGUGGCCCAGGCCUGCUGGAGGAUCUGAAGGCCCAGGUUCAGGUCCCGCAGCAGAGCCACCAGCCCAUCCUGCAGCAACAGCAGCAGCAGCAAAGCCAGCUCUCUCUGUCCCAGAGUCACUCUGCCCUCCUCCAGCCGAGCCAACAUCCCGAAAAGAAAAACAAACUGGUCAUCAAAGAAAAGGAGAAAGAGUGCCAGAGAGAGAGGGAUGGUGCUGAGGGAGGGGAGGGCAGUGUGGGAGCAAAGGACUCGCUGCCAGAUGCCUUGAAGGCCAAAGAGAAGAAAGAGCCCGUGCCAGGGGCCAGUUCCGAGCCUUCCAUGCUGCCUCCACGCAUCGCCUCGGAUGCCAGAGGGAAUGCCACCAAGGCCUUGCUGGAGAACUUUGGCUUUGAACUGGUAAUUCAGUACAAUGAGAACAAGCAGAAGGUGCAGAAGAAGAACGGGAAGACGGAGCAGGGCGAGAACUUGGAAAAGCUCGAGUGCGACUCCUGUGGCAAGUUGUUUUCUAACAUCUUGAUCUUGAAGAGUCACCAAGAGCAUGUUCACCAGAACUACUUUCCCUUCAAACAGCUCGAGAGGUUUGCCAAGCAGUACCGAGAGCACUAUGAUAAACUGUACCCCUUGAGACCCCAGACCCCAGAGCCACCCCCUCCUCCCCCGCCACCUCCACCACCCCCGCUCCCUGCGGCGCCCCCUCAACCAGCCACCACGCCAGCCAUUCCCGUCUCGGCCCCACCCAUCACCUCACCCACCAUCGCCCCGGCCCAGCCGUCGGUGCCGCUCACUCAGCUCUCCAUGCCCAUGGAGCUGCCCAUCUUCUCUCCACUCAUGAUGCAGACGAUGCCACUGCAGACCCUGCCGGCGCAGCUGCCCCCUCAGCUGGGGCCUGUGGAGCCUCUGCCCGCGGACCUGGCCCAGCUGUACCAGCACCAGCUCAAUCCCACCCUGCUCCAGCAGCAGAACAAGCGGCCCCGCACCCGGAUCACCGACGACCAGCUCCGUGUGCUGCGGCAGUAUUUUGACAUUAACAACUCACCCAGCGAGGAGCAGAUCAAAGAGAUGGCAGAUAAGUCUGGCCUGCCCCAGAAAGUGAUCAAGCACUGGUUCAGGAACACGCUCUUCAAGGAGCGGCAGCGCAACAAGGACUCCCCGUACAACUUCAGCAACCCGCCCAUCACCAGCCUGGAGGAGCUCAAGAUCGACUCGCGGCCCCCCUCGCCGGAACCCCAGAAGCAGGAGUACUGGGGAAGCAAGAGGUCGUCCAGGACCAGGUUUACCGACUACCAGCUCCGAGUGCUCCAGGACUUCUUUGAUGCCAACGCCUACCCCAAGGACGAUGAGUUUGAGCAGCUCUCCAAUCUGCUGAACCUUCCGACCCGAGUCAUAGUGGUGUGGUUUCAGAAUGCCCGACAGAAGGCCCGGAAAAAUUAUGAGAACCAGGGAGAGGGCAAAGAUGGCGAGCGGCGGGAGCUUACAAACGAUAGGUACAUUCGAACGAGCAACUUGAACUACCAGUGCAAAAAAUGCAGCCUGGUGUUUCAGCGCAUCUUUGAUCUCAUCAAGCACCAGAAGAAGCUGUGCUACAAGGACGAGGACGAGGAGGGGCAGGAUGACAGUCAAAAUGAAGAUUCCAUGGAUGCCAUGGAAAUCCUGACGCCCACCAGCUCGUCCUGCAGCACCCCGAUGCCCUCGCAGGCCUACAGCGCCCCGGCGCCAUCUGCCAACCCAGCUCCUCCUGCUUUCCUGCCACUCACAGCCGAGGCUGACGAACUGGCCACGUUCAACUCCAAAGCUGAGGCGAGUGAUGAGAAACCAAAGCUGGCUGAACCUCCCAGUGCACAGCCAAACCAAACUCAAGAAAAGCAAGGACAAGCAAAGGCAGAGCUGCAGCAGCAGGACCAGCCGGAGCCGAAGUCCACCGCGCCCCAGCCGAAGCUCCCGCAGCUGGCCUCCCCGCCUGCCUUGCCGCAGCCUCCUCCGCAAGCGCCCCCUCCUCAAUGCCCCUUGCCCCAGUCAAGCCCCAGUCCUUCUCAGCUCUCCCACCUGCCCCUCAAGCCCCUCCAUACAUCAACUCCUCAACAGCUGGCAAACCUACCUCCUCAGCUCAUCCCCUACCAGUGUGACCAGUGUAAGCUGGCGUUUCCGUCGUUUGAGCACUGGCAGGAGCAUCAGCAGCUGCACUUCCUGAGCGCGCAGAACCAGUUCAUCCACCCCCAGUUUCUGGACAGGUCGCUGGACAUGCCUUUCAUGCUCUUUGAUCCCAGUAACCCACUCCUGGCCAGCCAGCUGCUCUCUGGGGCCAUCCCGCAGAUUCCAGUGAGUUCAGCCACUUCUCCUUCCACUCCGACCUCCACGAUGAACACGCUCAAGAGGAAGUUGGAGGAGAAGGCCAGUGCAAGCCCUGGGGAAAACGACAGCGGGACAGGGGGAGAGGAGCCACAGAGGGACAAGCGCCUGAGGACGACUAUCACACCUGAGCAGCUGGAGAUUCUCUACCAGAAGUACCUGCUGGACUCCAAUCCGACUCGAAAGAUGUUGGACCACAUCGCACACGAAGUGGGCUUGAAGAAACGCGUGGUGCAGGUCUGGUUUCAGAACACCCGGGCUCGGGAGAGGAAGGGACAGUUCCGGGCCGUGGGCCCGGCGCAGGCCCACAGGAGGUGCCCUUUUUGCAGAGCACUCUUUAAGGCCAAGACGGCCCUGGAGGCUCACAUCCGGUCCCGUCACUGGCACGAAGCUAAGAGAGCCGGCUACAACCUAACCCUGUCUGCGAUGCUCUUGGACUGUGAUGGCGGACUCCAGAUGAAAGGGGAUAUUUUCGACGGAGCUGGCUUUCCCCACCUGCCCCCGAGCAGCAGUGACAGUCAGGGUGCGCCCCUCUCACCGGUGAGUAAAACCAUGGAGCUGUCGCCCAGGACUCUCCUUAGCCCUUCCUCCAUCAAGGUGGAGGGGAUUGAAGACUUUGAAAGCCCCUCCAUGUCCUCAGUUAAUCUAAACUUUGACCAAACCAAGCUGGACAAUGAUGACUGCUCCUCUGUCAACACGGCCAUCACGGACACCACGACUGGGGAUGAGGGCAAUGCCGACAACGACAGUGCGACAGGGAUAGCAACCGAAACCAAAUCUUCUGCCGCGCCCAACGAAGGGCUGACCAAAGCAGCCAUGAUGGCGAUGACCGAGUACGAAGAUCGGCUCUCCUCUGGUCUGGUCAGCCCCGCCCCGAGCUUCUACAGCAAGGAGUAUGACAAUGAAGGUACUGUGGACUACAGUGAGACUUCCAGCCUUGCCGACCCCUGCUCCCCGAGUCCUGGAGCCAGCGGGUCUGCAGGCAAGUCUGGUGACGGCGGGGAUCGACCCGGGCAGAAACGUUUUCGCACUCAGAUGACCAACCUGCAGCUGAAGGUCCUCAAGUCAUGCUUUAAUGACUACAGGACGCCCACGAUGCUGGAGUGUGAGGUCCUGGGCAAUGACAUCGGACUGCCAAAGAGAGUCGUUCAGGUCUGGUUCCAGAAUGCCCGGGCAAAAGAGAAGAAGUCCAAGUUAAGCAUGGCCAAGCAUUUUGGUAUAAACCAAACAAGUUACGAGGGACCCAAGACUGAGUGCACUUUGUGUGGCAUCAAGUACAGCGCGCGACUGUCUGUACGUGACCAUAUCUUUUCCCAACAGCAUAUCUCCAAAGUUAAAGACACCAUUGGAAGUCAGUUGGACAAGGAGAAAGAGUACUUUGACCCAGCCACUGUACGUCAGUUGAUGGCUCAACAGGAGUUGGACCGGAUUAAGAAGGCCAACGAGGUCCUUGGACUGGCAGCUCAGCAGCAAGGGAUGUUUGACAACGCCCCUCUGCAGGCUCUGAACCUUCCUACGGCGUACCCCGCACUCCAGGGCAUUCCUCCUGUGUUGCUCCCUGGCCUCAACAGCCCCUCCUUGCCAGGCUUUACUCCAUCCAACACAGCUUUAACGUCUCCUAAACCGAACCUGAUGGGUCUGCCCAGCACGACAGUUCCUUCCCCUGGCCUCCCCACAUCUGGAUUACCAAAUAAGCCGUCUUCAGCCUCGUUGAGCUCCCCAACCCCAGCACAAGCCACCAUGGCGCUGGCCCCCCAGCCGCACCCCCAGCCCCAGCAGCAGCAGCCAGCCCAGGUCCAGCAGCCUGCCCUGCCUCCUGCAGUCCAGCCGCCACCCACGCCCCAGCUCCCGCCCCAGCAGCCGCAGCAGCCACAGCCACGCAAGGACAAAGACUGUGAGAAAGGCAAGGAGAAGGAAAAGGCGCACAAAGGCAAGGGGGAACCUGUGCCUGUCCCCAAGAAGGAGAAGGGCGAGGCCCCCGCGGCGGCGGCCCCGCUGGCGGCCCCGCUGCCCGCCAUGGAGUACGCAGUGGACCCCGCGCAGCUGCAGGCCCUGCAGGCCGCUUUGACUUCCGACCCCACAGCGUUGCUCACGAGCCAGUUCCUUCCUUACUUUGUACCAGGCUUUUCUCCUUAUUACGCCCCCCAGCUCCCCGGCGCCCUGCAGAGCGGGUACCUGCAGCCCAUGUAUGGCAUGGAAGGCCUGUUCCCCUACAGCCCCGCGCUGUCGCAGGCCCUCAUGGGGCUGUCCCCCGGCUCCCUACUGCAGCAGUACCAGCAAUACCAGCAGAGUCUGCAGGAGGCCAUCCAGCAGCAGCAGCAGCGGCAGCUCCAGCAGCAGCAAAAAGUGCAGCAGCAGCAGCAGCAGCAGCAGCAGCCCAAAGCAAGCCAAACCCCAGUCCCCCAGGGGGCUGCUUCCCCAGACAAAGACCCUGCCAAAGAAUCCCCCAAACCAGAAGAGCAGAAAAACGCCCCCCAUGAGGUGUCCCCCCUCCUGCCGAAACCCCCCGACGAGCCAGAAGCAGAAGGCAAAAGUGCGGACUCCCUCUACGACCCCUUCAUCGUUCCAAAGGUGCAGUACAAGUUGGUCUGCCGCAAGUGCCAGGCGGGCUUCGGCGACGAGGAGGCGGCGCGGAGCCACCUGCAGGCCCUCUGCUGCGGCCAGCCUGUGGCGAACCUGCAGGAGAUGGUGCUCCAGGUGCCCACGGGCGGCGGCGGCUCGUACCACUGCCUGGCGUGCGAGAGCGCGCUCUGCGGGGAGGAAGCUCUGAGUCAACAUCUCGAGUCGGCCUUGCACAAACACAGAACAAUCACGAGAGCAGCAAGAAACGCCAAAGAGCACGCUAGUUUAUUACCUCACUCCGCCCGCUUCCCCGACCCUAGCACCGCAUCUACCUCGCAGUCUGCCGCUCACUCCAACGACAGCCCCCCGCCCCCGUCGGCCGCCCCCUCGUCCGCCCCCCGCGCCUCCAGGAAGUCUUGGCCGCAAGUGGUCUCCCGGGCUUCGGCCGCGAAGCCCCCUUCUUUUCCUCCUCUCUCCUCAUCUUCAACGGUUACCUCAAGUUCAUGCAGCACCUCAGGGGUUCAGCCCUCGAUGCCAACAGACGACUAUUCGGAGGAGUCUGACACGGAUCUCAGCCAGAAGUCCGACGGACCGGCGAGCCCGGUGGAGGGGCCCAAAGACCCCAGCUGCCCCAAGGACAGUGGUCUGACCAGUGUAGGAACGGACACCUUCAGAUUGUAAGCUUUGAAGAUGAACAAUACAAAUGAAUUUAAAUAAAAAAAAUUAAUAACAAACCAAUUUCAAAAAAAUAGACUAACUGCAAUUCCAAAGCUUCUAACCAAAAAAAAAAAAAAAUAAAAAAUAAAAAAAUAAAAAAAAUAAAAAUAAAAAAAGGAAAAAAAAAAAAAGAAAAAGCGUGGGUUGUUUUCCCAUAUACCUAUCUAUGCCGGUGAGUUCACAUUCUUACCUUUUCUUUUAAUAUAUUUAAAAACAAACCAACAACAAACGCCCUAACCCUGUCGCAUCGUGUCCUUUGGAAGGUACUAUUGGUCUGGAAACACAAGUCCGCAGGGCCUCCCCAGUGUCCUUGGCGCUUCGCCCCCUUGUAUAGUCGCCCCUCCAUAGCCGCCCCACGUUGAUAGCACAGAGGAGCCCGGCAUGCUCUGUAUGGGAAAGCAGUCCACCUUGGUACAGUUUUAAAUUUCUUGCUAUCUUAGCAUUCAGAUACCAAUGGCUUGCUAAAAGAAAAAGAAGAAAUGUAAUGUCUUUUUAUUCUCAGGUCAAUCGCUCACACUUUGUUCUGUUUCCAGAAUCAUUGUUUUAUUAAUUUUUUUUUUCAGUUCUCUUUUUCUUUUUUGUUCCAGAAAAUUUUUGCUGUUUUUGUUGUUAAUUUAAAAACGGGCAGAAAGUAUUCAAGUGAAACAAUGUGAACUGCUUUAAGCUUUCUGGGGAUUUUUAAGGAUAGCUUUUUUGCUGAAGCCAAUUUCAAGGGGAAAAGUUAAGCACUCCCACUUUCAGAAUAAAUAACCCACACACACAAAGAGUGUUGAGGACUUGUAGCUUAAAAAGAAAAGUAAGUUUUAAAAACUGACUUUCUGUAUUUAUGAUAGAUAUGACCAUUUUUUGGUGUUGAGUAGAUUGUUGCAUUGGAAAUGAAAUGAAGCAGUAUGGUAGAUUUAAAAGGAGAAAAAAAAAUCUUUUGUGUACAUUUAGCUUUUUGUAUGGUCCAACUGACAGCUCCUCAUUUGAUGUUGUCUUGUUCCUUCCUAGCAGAUAGAUUACAAUCCGUUGAUUCGCCUAAACUUUUCUCCCCUUUGUCCCUGACUCCCGUCUCCCUCCUGCCCUCUGAUCUCCCACCUAAGGUAGCUGCCUUCCUUUCUUAGAGGGUAGCUGCAGAAUUAUUUUAUAAAACUAAAAAAAGAA